CCUUCUCGAUAGGUCAUUUGAACGGGUCAGUCUAACAUCCCAGCCACAUCGGCGUAAAUGCACCGUUAGGAUCAUUUUUAGGACAGAUCCCUCGAUAUUUGUAGCGCGGAAAGCCUCGUCAUAUUUUCAGGCGUAGGCGAUGGCUUUCCACAUCCCUCACAUCGCCCUGGGGGACAAGCUGUGGCUCCUCCACGCCUUCGCGUUCCUCUACUACAUCACGGUGUCUGUCAUCUUCCUCACCACAGACCUCUACAUCACCAUUCCGCACGUCUACGCCGACUACGAGUUCACGGGGAUACUGCUUCGGUACCUGCUGGUGGUGUACAUCUUCUUUAACAUGGUGGCCAACCAUAUAUUGUGCACCAUCACGAAUACCACGUACCGCAACCGAGAGGACCCUGACCCGGUACCCCGGUCGUGGGGCCACUGUAUGGCCUGCCAGGUUCACACACCACCUCGUACAUGGCACUGCAGUAUUUGUCAUAAUUGUGUCCUUCGGCGGGAUCACCACUGCUUCUUUACUGCCAGCUGUGUGGGGCACCACAAUCAAAGGUACUUUCUAUACAUUUCUUUGUACUUUAUUGUCCUGUCGUUCCAUGUGGCUGUUGGGAGUUUGUACACGGGGCUCUUAAAUGCCGGAUAUCUACACCACUACUACGUGCCAUUCAGUGGCACCAGUGUGUUCUCCUACCUGUUUCCAGUGGCGUUCUACAAGCUGAUAAACAUACCAGAAAGUCGUUACUAA